AUGUCGACUCUAGCAGCCCUAGGUGGUUGGCUUCCAUUCGCCAUCGUUGCUUUGUUUAUUUUCUUUUUGUCUGGUGCAUUCACACUACGUUACCAACAGAAACGUCGUCGAGACUAUUUGGUUACAUGUGUUUCAACAAUAUCUUUGUCUCUUGCAUUGCUAACCGCCGCGCUGCUACCAACGGACAUUACACUAGUGUCCUUUAUGAAAUAUCAAAAUGGAACCUAUAAAGAUUGGGCACAAAAUCAAACUGAACGUGAGCAUCUCCAAGAAUAUGUUCGAAUUGGCUAUUAUGUGCUUUACGGACUUGUUAUUGUAUUGGCAUUUUUUCUGAAUCCAUUUAUGUAUUUUUAUUAUGAAGAAAAAGAAGAAGAUGAAAAACUUUCAACUCAUCUUUGUUCAGCAAUGAAAUAUACAGCUGGCUUUUUAUUUUUUGUUUUGCUAUUAAUACUAGUUGGUGCAUUUGUUCCUCAACUAAGUAAACUACCAUCGUCAAAUUCAACCGAAUGGGAUCGUUUUAAAUAUUUAAUCGAUCAUUUUGAUAGUUCAAGGGUUGAAGAUUCAAUAUGUUUUGUUAUAUUUUCGCUAUCGUUAGUUGGCUUCAUUCUCUCUUCUAUUUAUACGGGAUAUGGAUCGAUUGGUUUGCCAAUUUCAUUUAUCAGAGGACGACGAAGUGCUAAAUUACAACAAACAGAAAUAGAACAACAACACACAGAUAUUAAAAAUCAAAUAAAUAACCUGAAAAAUCGAGUAAAAAAUAUCUACAAUUAUCCUCGAUAUGUGUCAAUGCCUGCUCGUGAAAAACGUAUGCUAGAUGAAUUAGAACAACAAGAAUCUGUGCUUUGCCGUAAUGAAGAAUCGAUACGUAGUGUUCGUUCAAGCAUUUUAUUUAAAUGUCGUCACAUUUAUAGACCAUUUCAAAUUAUUAUUGGUAUUAUUUUACUUUGUGUUGCUCUUUUAAUAUUUUUAUCAUUAUUACUGAGCAACAUUGAUAAAUCAAUUCAUUUUGUUGAUUUUAAACAAAUAUUUGCACAAGGCAAUCAUACAUUACCAAAUCCAUUGGAUAUUGUCGUUACAUGGACAGGAAAGUUCUAUCCUGCUAAUUAUAUUGUUCUGUCAUGUGUAUUAAUUUACAUCAUACUAUCAUCAUUAUAUGGUCUACAACAAAUAGGCAUCUAUUAUUUUUGCGUCAAAAUGUUUCGUUUUUCACGUGGUCGAACAAAACCUCAAGCAUUAGUUAUACUAUGUUCAUUAUUAAUGUUUAUUGUGGUUGCCAUAAAUAUAUUUGUUUAUCUUCUUAUGCCACAGUAUACGAUAUACGGAGAUCAACAAUAUUCGACAAUGAAUUUUAAUGGAACUAAUACUGUUAAACCUUGUACACAAUAUCUUGAUACAAACGAUUGUACAAUGACUGUAAUGGGACAAAUAUUACUUCGAUUUUUGUACAAAGUGUGGAUAUUUGGAGCUGCGUAUUUCAUUAUAUCAUGGUUAUAUCUUGCUGUAUUUCUUUUUGGCUGUCUAUAUAAAAUUAUUCGACAUCGUGAAUCAAAUAUACAAGUCUACACGGUUGAACAUUUACUUGACGAUGACGAAGAUGAACCACUCAUCAAUUCCUAA